CUCAGUUGAGGAAGCAACGGCCAAGUUGGCUUACCGAGUCCUCUAAAUGAACCCAGAGAGAAAGAACUACAAACGUGAACAGCCUACCUAUCCAACAAAGGGGGGUUUGUUAAAUAUGAGACACAGGAAAUGCAGACGACAUUGUUGGGUCUCAAACUCCAAGGGGCAGUGCAUGUGUGCAGAAGUGACAGGGUUGGCUCAGCUCCCGUUGGACUGUAGGGUUGCUAGUGGAUGCUCUUCGCUUUUCUCAGGACCCCGUGAAAUGGUAAGACCCGCUUCCCCAUCUCCCCUUCCUCUGGCUCCCUCUCUCCACAUCCCUAUGGUGUGUACCAAGCCAACGCUAACCUCCAGACUCCUCCUGCCUCUCCUCGUGUACUCGUUUAUGUAUCUCAAAGCCCAUGCUAGCCUUCUGGCCCUUCUCACCCCCUCUCCUAUGCCAACUCCCAGGCUGUUUCGGAUUGCAGCUCACUUCCCACUCUCUUUAUAACAACAGGUUUUCCCCUGCCCCUGGCUGUUCGCUGUUCUCGUUUCUCUCAUAGAUAGCCCUGGCCAUGUCCAGUCCGCUUCGCUUCCCUUUUGCUUCUGGAUGGUCUUUCUCUCUUAUCUACAAUAAAAACCUUCCUCCCAACUCAGGGAGCGGCCAUUUUCUGGUGUCUUUACCACACCCUUGCUUACAGAUAUGACUUGUGCCAUUUAAAACCAUGACGUAGCUUUCUGAUUCGCCAUCUGUGGUGGAACCGCCGCCAAGAUGCAGAUUUUCAUGAAGACCCUUACGGGGAAAGCCAUCACGCUCGAGGCUGAACCCUCGGACACUAUAGAAAAUGUAAAGGCCAAGAUCCAGGAUAAGGAAGAUCCUCCUGAUCAGCAGAGGCUGAUCUUCGCUGGUAAGCAACUGGAAGAUGGCCGUCCUUUGUCUGACUACAAUAUUCAAAAGGAGUCCACCCUUCAUCUUGUGUUGAGACUUCGUGGUGGUGCUAAAAAAAGAAAGCAGUCUCACACCACUCCCAAGAAGAAUAAGCAUCAGAGGAAGACGGUUAAGCUGGCUGUACUAAAGUACCAUAAGGUGGAUGAAAAUGGCAAAAUUAGCCGUCUUCGUCGAGAGUGUCCUUCUGAUGAGGGUGGUGCUGGAGUUUUCAUGGCUAGCCACUUUGACAGACAUUACUGUGGCAAGUGUUGUCUGACUUACUACUUCAACAAACCAGAAGACAAGUAGUUGUGUGUGGAUAAAUAUAAAGACAGGAACUGAGAAAAAACAACAACAACAACAACAACAACAACAACAACAACAACAACAACAACAAAAAACAUGAUGUAGGGCCUGGAGAGAUGGCUCAGCGGUUAAGAGCACCGACUGCUCUUCCAGAGGUCCUGAGUUCAAUUCCCAGUACCCACAUGGUGGCUCAC